GAGGGGGACGCGCGGGCAGGCAGCGCCGAGGCGGAGCGGAGCGGCCGGCGCGAUGGGGCAGCCGCAGUAGGCGCUGGGCCGGCGCGAUGGGCCCGGAGCGCAGGGUGCAGCCCCCGCUUCCCCGAGAAGCCGGGCCGCUGGACGCAGACCGCAGCGGCAGCGGCUGUCCUUGCGGCCGGUGGGGAGCGGGCGUGUGGCGCGCGGUGGCCGGCUUCUUCGCGCUCUCGCUGGUGCUGCACCUCGUCACGCUGGGCUGCUACCUGGAGCUGCGCUCGGAGCUGCGCCGCGAGCGGGAGGCGCCCGAACCCGACUGGCGGCCGCGCGGCACCGCCGGGGCCCAGGCGGCGGAGGCUCCUCUCCGUCCCGUGCGGGGUCUUUCGCCCGGGGGGCGCCACCGGCAACAGCAGCAGCAGCAGCGCUUCCCCGACGAGCCCGGCAGUGGCAGCAGGAGCAGCAGCCACCGGCAGAUGGCAUUGCUGAAUUUCUUCUCCCCUGAGGAGAGGCCUCUCUUUAGUGAAGAAAGCCAUCGUGUCCGCAGAAACAAAAGAAGCAAAAACAGUGAAGGAUCAGAGAGUACAAGUCCUUCUAAAAAGAAGAAGGGCAAAAAAGCUGGCCCUCCAGGACCUGUUGGGCCCCAAGGCCCUCCUGGACCACCUGGACCCCAAGGCCCCCCUGGAAUUCCAGGGAUUCCUGGCAUUCCAGGCACCACAGUGAUGGGACCUCCAGGACCUCCAGGACCUCCAGGUCCCCAGGGACCCCCUGGGUUGCAAGGUCCAACUGGUACAACAGAAAGAGCAGGGCCAAGGGAUUCACAGCCAGCUGUAGUUCAUCUCCAAGGACAGGGGUCUGCGAUUCAAGUCAAGAAUGAUCUUUCAGGUGGAGUUCUUAAUGACUGGUCCCGCAUAACAAUGAACCCGAAAGUGUUUAAGCUGCACACCCGGAGUGGCGAGCUGGAGGUACUGGCAGACGGCACAUACUUCGUCUAUAGUCAGGUAGAAGUAUAUUACAUAAACUUUACAGAUUUUGCCAGCUUCGAGGUGGUGGUGGAUGAAAAGCCCUUUCUGCAGUGCACUCGGAGUAUUGAAACUGGAAAGACCAACUUCAACACCUGCUACACAGCCGGGGUUUGUCUCCUCAGAGCUCGGCAGAAGAUUGCUGUGAAAAUGGUCCAUGCUGACAUCUCCAUCAACAUGAGCAAGCACACUACCUUCUUUGGAGCCAUACGGCUAGGGGACGGGCCCUCUUCUUAAGGACCUUGUGACUGAAGGUGGGGGCUUCCCAAACCACCAGGCAUUGCUGUUCAAAAGAGCUGGGAAGGGUCAGAGAAAGAACUGAUGAGAGGUAUUUAUUUUUUUAUGUAACUGCAGGAAGGAAGCAAGGGUUCCCUUGGCUCCAUUAGGGCUGUGUUGAAACAUGGAGCACUGGCAGGGAGGAAGGCAAGCCUGAACAACCUUCUACCUGAGUUGCAUGGAUCACACAGCAGGCAGUGAGAGGGUCGCUUCCUUCUCACAUCUUGCACUGGUAAGAGUAACUAUGGCGACAGAUGGUGGAAGGCAUGCAGCUGAACACUCUCCCAGAAGUAAAAUUCUUUGGAAGAUGCAGGUUAAACACUGAAACUCUUCGUCCCACUCUGAUUUUUCAUGCCACACAAAGGACCCUAGAUGUGGCCUGGGAUACAUCCACAUUCUUAUAGUAAUACAUCUCAUGUUUAAGAACUGGACAUAUAGAUGAGGGACUAUUUAUAAAGCUGGAAGUUGCCUUCAGCAAAAUCACACUACCCAGUUAAAAUAGUGAAUUCAACUUUCAAAAGCAAAUGUGCUGUUUCAGGUUUUUAAAAACAUGUUUCUUUCUGGAUGUGGUUUUGCAGUGUUUCUGUCUCUACCCAGACUUGUUCUGAAUGUGGCAUUCCCAAUGCAGCCUUGAUACUUGUCUUCCAGAUCAAGAUUAGCAGAGAGGCCAGUGGACAUUUUCUUUUCAUAGUGAGCUGAGUCACAGGGCAGUAAAACUCAGGACAACCUUGCCCUGUGCAGGGUAUAUGACCUGAGGUGUGGAUAAGUGGUGUGUUUCCUAAGUCUAUUGAUAGAAGAGAGGGAAGACAGAAUUUGGGAGUCCGAGGAUCGAAUUCUGACUGGGGGAAAUCUCUUUGGGAAGCAACCUUUUCCAUUCUACCCAGAUCAGUUUCAGCCAAACUUUAAAGCAAUUGCUCUUAGCACAUACUUUAAGGCUGAGAAUAUAAUGCCAGAGAUGAUAUGACCAAGUACUCUAUUUUCCUGUGAAGCAAUUCUGGCAAACCACUAAGUCAACUGGCAAGGGGGAUCAUGUAGUGUCUGCCUCUGUCCCUUAGAAAGGUGAUGGGAGAAAGUUAGAAGCGAGCAUUGUGGCAAUAGUCUGUUUCUUCCAGCCUUCUGCCAGGGAGACAGAAAGAAUGUUGCCAGUUGCUUCAGUCCAACCUGGUUCCUUAUAACAGCUGUCCUGGCGGAGUAAUUGGGGGAGCAGAAAUUACUGUUAAACACAAUUUAGGCACAUUAUAGGUUUGCAUCUGCAGGAAAUGGGAAAGGUGCCUGCUUGAUGGACAGUCCUCUGAGCUGAAAAUUAUGAGAAUCCUUUCACGGCAAUGGCAAUAAAGUGCCAAUGUGGUGGUUUUAAUUGGCAACUAUAAAGUUGAAAAUCUGCUAUUGUGCUAUGCACAGAUGUCUUGAUUCUCCUCACCUAUUUGCAAACAUGAAGAAAUGCAUCUGAAAAAGGUUCGUGAACUUUGCAUUAUCUGCAGGAUCUAGUUUAGCCAUAAUUUUAAAAGGAAGAUUGCAGCAAUGCCAAUGACCAUCACUUCUAGUGAUGCAGGUUUGUUUAGAAACAGUGCCCUGUGGCCUGGAGACUGAAAACGCCAUCUGAGAAAUGAAGCCUUCUCUGUUUCUGCCCUUCAACCAGCAGCAUGAGGGUCAAGGCUCCAGGCCAGUGGUUUUGCUUGUCCAGUGGCAUUUAUUUACAAACCGUUCUGUUUCAGCCUUCUCUGUUUUUAAUGAUCUUAGCAGUUGGCUUCAUUAGAGUUUAAAGUAAAACCCACCAAGGGAACUUUGGUCAUUAAGUGUUUUAAAACAGUAAUGUUAGUCAAACUCUGUUCAGACUCUGAAUGAUAGGAAAGCUGCAGGAACAAGUCAGCUCCUCUUGCAGUGGGGCAAGACAUGGGAGGAGGGGGGCAACCUUCAGGCUUCUCUGUAGACCAGCAGC